AUGCCGUCUCUGGACGACUUCCGCGCCUCACCGCACAGCCCGGUUGUGGUCACGCCCGACGCAAGCGUGGCGGCGCCUGUGCCCCUGUACGACGGCUCGGCCGAGCCCUCGCAGCAGAUCCCGAUCAACGGGCCUUCUUUCGAGGUUGACAGCAGCAUGUUCAAGGGCCGACUGAUGAUCCACAUGCGCAACCUGCCGACCACUGACCCGGCGGUUUUCGAGGGCAAGAAGCGCCACGUGCAUGUGGCGGUGCAGGGCAAGUUCAAGAGGCGCGUCAGGGCCAGCAGCCUGUGCACUGGGCAGGAGUUCAACCUGCCCAUCCAGGGCGGGGCGGGGGCCGAGUGGCUGAUGGAGCAGCUGCUGCGAGCAUGCGCCAAGGUCUUCUCCAAGACCACUAUUGUGGACGCCCACUGCGAGCAGCCCUACUUCCUGAACCCCGUGCUGGCGGCCUGCCAGCUGGUCAACGUGGCAAAGGAGGGGGAGCAGCCGGACAUAUGGGAUGCGCCGGAGGACUGCAGGCUGCUGUCCUCAAAGCUGGCGGACAAGGAGGGCGGCCCACUGACGGCUGACCGCCGCCGCAAGUGGUGCGACGAGCCGGCCAACGUGGAGGGGCUGUCGUUUGACACAGACAACGUGUACACCUUCCACGUCUGGCAGCACCUGCUGGACUUUGGGACCUACAAGGCCUGCGCGGGCGGCUUUGUGUCGUUUGACCUGACAUGGGUGCUGUCCUCGCAGCCCAUAGGCAUCAUGGUGAAAGACCGUGACAGCGGUGACUACGCCUACAGCCUGCUGCUGUUCCCCUGA